UAUAAUGAUUCAAGUAAAUUAAAAAGUGAAAUUCCAGAAAAGACUUUACUAAAAGCUCUUAGAUCAGGUAUUAAUGCAAUCGAUACAAGUCCUUAUUAUUUUGGUAGUGAAGCUAUUCUAGGUAAAAUUUUAUCAAAACCUGAAAUCCAAUCUGAGUUUCCUAGACAUACUUAUCAUCUCUUAACGAAAUGUGGAAGAUAUGGUCCAAAAAUUCAAGAUUUUGAUUAUAGUCCUGAUCGAAUCCGUAAAUCAAUUCAAGAAAGCUUUAAGUUAAUGCACACAUCAUAUUUAGAUGUAGUUUAUUUACAUGAUAUUGAAUUUAUUGCUGAAGAACUUGAUGAAAUCGAUUCGAAUCAAGUUCAUGAUCAAGUUAUAAGAAAUCCAAUCAAACCUUUAGGAUCUGGUGAUCAACUCAUUCUUAAAGCGAUUCAAACUUUAUUCCAAUUAAAACAAGAAGGUAAAAUCAAAAAAGUAGGAAUCAGUGGUUAUCCUCUUCCGACCCUCUUAAGAAUCUCUAAAUUGAUUCACCAAGAAUUAAAAACCCCAUUAGACAUCAUCAUGUCAUACUCAAAUUAUACACUUCAAAACCAAAGCUUAAAACCAUAUGUUGAUUUAUUUCAUCAACAAGGAAUCCAACAAAUCAUUAAUGCCUCACCAUUUUCCAUGGGACUCUUAACUACUCUUGGUCCUCAACUUUGGCAUCCAGCUUGUGAUGAAUUAAAACAAAUUUGUCAAGAG